CUGGCAGUGACUUGUGGCACUUCACUCCAUAACACUGUGAUACUUCCCGAGCCUGUGCCCAUACAUUUUCAAUAAUGAUGUUGAAUGGAAUUAAAGCCAUAUUUUUUGAUUUGGACAACACAUUGAUUGACACUUCUGGAGCCAGCAAAAAAGCAAUAGAAGAGGUGGUUCAAUUACUUAAAGACAAAAGCCAAUUUAAAGAAGAUGAAAUACGCUUAAUAUGUAAUAAGUUUCAAGCAAGACUGCUUCAUGAAACCUUUGACCCCUCCGAAAUUACCAUUGAUCAUCUCCGGGUGUUACACUGGGAGAAAUCCAUGCAGGAAAUCAAGCCUGGGGAUUACAAGGACUUGGCCAAAGAAUCGUAUGCCUUGUGGAAAACCAAACGUCUACAACUCAUGACGCUGUCAGAAAGCACCAAAAACAUGCUGUGUGAUCUGCGAAAAUCAACGCGCUUGGUCCUGUUAACGAAUGGAGAGAGGCAGGUCCAAAGGGAGAAAAUUGAAGCUUGUGGUGUUAGCGCAUUCUUUGAUGCCAUUGUGGUGGGAGGAGAACAUUCAGAAGAGAAGCCGGCACCAUCUAUCUUCCUCCACUGCUGUGACUUGGUGUCGGUAAAGCCAGAAGACUGUGUGAUGGUGGGGGACAAUCUGGACACGGACAUUCAAGGCGGACUGAAUGCUGGACUGAAGGCAACCAUCUGGUUAACAAAGAAUCCCCAAGUGAAUAGCAAUCCCAGCCCUACUCCUCAUUAUACUAUACAUUCUCUGAAUGACCUACCCAAGGUUUUACAAAAUAUACAGUAGUUGUAAUUUUUAAUACAGAAUAUGGGAAUCCC